UGUGCGGAUGCUAGUGACGCACGCGCGCGCGUGUGUGUAGCACGGCUAGAUGUGUAUGUAGACGCGCGCGUGUGUAUAUGUUUUGGGGGGUGUACUGGCUGUAGCGGGCAGCGCUGGCUGGUUGCUUGGUGUCUGACCACGGAUAUUACGGCCAACCGUCCCACGUUCGUGAUCGCCGACAACAUCGAAGACGAUGAUCAGCAACCAUGCUGGAGCUAGACUAUAAAGGUGUGAAGCGGAAACUCGAGGAGGAGACUGCUCUGCCUGACCGGUUCACCAACGCCGGCGAGGGAGCAGGAGGAGGAGGAGAAGGAGGAGGGUCGGAGAUGGAAGAACAAUGCCGGUCCAUACUCAACACUUCCAUGUGCAAGCUGAAGAAUUUCCAGCGCAGUAUUGAGCCGAGCCUGCUUCGCUCUGUUCUCAUAUGCAAUACUCUCAGGUAUCUGGAGCGAGAGAUGCAGAGCCGGGGCAUGGCUCCCCUUGCGAUGAGCACUGUCGCCAGCUUCACGCCGGGAGCCGGCGAGGACGACACCCUUGACCUUGUGCCGCCGCCCAACUACGACAAGGUCGUCGCCGCGGCAACAGGCUCGCCACGCCCGACCCCGACGCCGGCGCCGUCGCAGCACACCCUCGUCAACCUCGACACGCAGCAGGUCGUCGUCGCCAUGGUGGGGACCAAUCAGCUGCCGGUGUUCUGCGAUGCCCCGCCGACUCAGGUCGGCAGGUACGGCGUCGACGGCGGCGCCCCCUACGGCAGUGCGGGGGCAAUGGCACAGUGCCUACCUAGUCAGGCAUUCUCGGAGGCGGCAUCGUCGUCGUUAGCGGGGUUGGAUGCGGACGCGCUGCGGUUGCUAGGAGACGGCGAUGCAGACUCUGCGUUCCCCGCCUCCGCCCUCGUCAGCUACGAACACAACUACUGCCAGUUGACCGGCAGCAGCGGCGGCGCUGCGACUGCGGGCGACAGCAACGGCGGGCAUCACCGCGGUGACCCCCUGCCUUCCUCCUCCUCGUCGUCGUCCUCCUCUUCGUCGGGUAGUGACUCGGACGAUUCCUCGGACGAGGGUGGGAGCCGGCCCCCGGAGACCGCUGCGGCGGUCGGGGGGACGCUGCCCAUCACCGCGGACUUCUUCGGCGACGUUGACCUCUCGCUGUACGACUUUGACCUCUUCUGUCCGAUGAUUACGGCGGCGGCGGCACCUGCGGCGUUGAAGCUCGCCGCCGAGGAGUUUGUCUGUUCGUUUCCCGCGACGUCGGUGUCCGCAACUGUGGCGGCGGCGGGCGGAGACAAUAGAACGUCUAACGCGGCGGCAGCGUGCGGCCGGAACGAACUGCUUAGCGAGGAACUUGAUCAUAUCAUGAAGGUACUCAUCGGCUCAUGAUGAUCGCCACUGCCGUCCUGCAGGGGGUGCCGCUGUUCCAUGCAGAGGGAGCUGAUGUCCUGCGCAGGGACGCCACAGUUCCAUGCGUGAGGGCGCCGCCGUCGUGCUUCUAUUUUUGUUGUCGAGAGUCGCACGUGCGUGCGUGCGUGCGAGCAGACGAGGGGACUCGCCUUGCUGGGACGCGUCCCCCGCGGUGACGCACACACGUCAGUUGUCUCUGCUGCUGCGCCGCGUCGACAGAUUUCGCCGUCGAAGCCCCGAGAAUUUUUUACGCCUCCCGUCAGGGAUGGUGGUCGUACCGAGGUCUCGUGCGAGACGAGAGAAUGUUGUUGUUACGUAUCCGCGGGCUGAAGGGUCAGCAGUAUGCCAAAGAUAAGGCAGAACACUGUGAUUUCGUACUGUUUUCGUAGAGAGAGGAGAGUUUUGCAACGAGCAGAACUGGCAAAGCAAAGUGUUCCGAUGCUAGUUUUCGAUGAUGAGUCAUGCUGGGGGCGAUCCGACUGAUGCAGCCGCGGCCUGCAACUACCAAACCCGCAAUACGCAUCCCCAGGUGUGACGGAACGCAUGCUGGCCGACGUCACCUCUAUGGAGUGGAUGGAAUGUUUGCGCGGCGUGCUAACUCUCUACUGAUGCCUUACGCGUGUAGAACGCUGGCGCGUCCGUGCACGUAUGCUCGGACGCAUUUCAUGUGUUCCACGAAUUUUGGGCUGAACGUUCUUUUUGGAACUUUUGACCGAAUGAACUCAGGUGUUGUGUUGUGUGUAGCGGCAGAGUUGCAGUAGAAACGCGAGUGUGGGUGGGCUCUCUCCUCCUAUCCUUUUCUCCCCGUGUGUAUCAGAGAAGGCAGAACUUGCCAGUUUUGUCAUGUUCAGUGGUUAGUUCACUUGUUCUAUUGUUUCGAAUGUGACAGCUACGUCGCCGCGAUGUAACAAUUGCAAUGUUGCAAUGUGACAAUGUCACAGUGAGACAUUGUCACGGCGUAACAAUGUUGACUUGCGAUGUGACAAUUUUGCUAUGACGUGACACUGCCUGUGGGGUUCAUAUGAUUUCUGCUGUGUCAUCAUUCUCGGUGCUAUGCCGGCAGCAUUGUGUGAAUGUCGCGUGCCAUGUGUCGCUCGGGUGACCGUGGAAUGCAAACAUUCGCUGGGAAGAAGAGUAAACACUAUUCCGUGGCUAAAUGCUUGCCUCUAGGGGGAGGCCAGCGACAGAGAUGAGGAGGAAAAUUUGGCAUGUUGAUCGGUGCGACUAAAAACGACAAAUCCUAAUUAAUCCUAUUAUGCAUGCGUGCGUAAUUAACUCGCGCCGUUAUGAGGUGUCGCGGAUCGUGGUGUCGUGUCAUCCUUAUUUGCGAUUUCCUCGCAAACGAUUUGGCGCCCGCUUCUCGCUCGGAAAACCACGAGAUAGUGUUUACUAGUCAACAGCGUUUCUGCCGGGUCACGUUUCACGUCUGCGCUACGUCACUGCUGUUAGAAUGCCGCGUUAGUCCGCGUAGUAUACGCUGUUAAGGUCACGAUCAAGGUCGUAGCAUCCGGGUGCUGCCGUCACUGUAACAUGGGUAGCCUGCCUGCCUGCCUGCCGUUCUUGGUAAGGGUUGGCUACUGUUCGUGUGUAAGAACUUGCAGUUCGAAUGCACAUCAGUGGGGUGGUGGACGUUCACUAACAAAGGUAGCCUGUCGUUCUUGGUAAGGGCUGGCUACUUACUGUUCAUGUAUGAGAACUUGCAGUUCGAAUACACAUCGGUGGAGUGGUGAACGUUCACCGGGCACUGGUUUUACUGAGUGAUGGGUGUUGGAAAAUAUGGAUUUCACUUGAUUGCAAGCCACCCUUUGUGCACUGUUUGCAACAGUGUUUAUUGGUAUAAUGUACUUUUGAUAUAUGAGUCUGAUCUACUCUUAAUGCUACACUGAAACCUGCAUUAAUAGAUAUCUCUAUAACAACGGGCAUCUUUCAAAAAAAAGUGGGUUCUUCUCCUAAGUGGCAGUUAUACGGUGAAACGACGUCUAUGCUGCAGACACCUGUCCAUAAAGGUCACUUUCGGUGUUUUCCUCGAGUGACCUUUAUACACAGGUUAAUGAACUGCGCGUGUUUCAUGCUGCUGCCCACAUACGUCACGUUGUUCACUCGCAGACUCGCUCGCCCACGUCUAUCUCUAGAGUCGACGUGGGGUGAGAUGUGUGUAAAUGUUCACCUCCCUCCUUCUCCCGCGAGGAGGAAAUGCAGAGUGUUGCCAAUGCAGAUCGUGUCCGCGGUUCGCUGGUUUCUCUGGCUGUGCGUGUGAAAGAGGUGAAUCGUGAUGCUGCCACCUCAGUGACGGAGACACACGCGUGCGUCGUGGCUACACUGAACACGGAUGAGUCGUGUGCGGCGUGUAAGAUGGCUUACGUAUUUAUUUUUCUACGUACACGUAUGAAACGUACACCCCCGCCCCCAUCUCACGCCUUCCCCCACCCCCACACGGUAUACUCUGCCAAUGAGGGGCAAUGCGGUGCAAAUCUUAGCCGAAAUGAUGUGUGUGGACCAUCACGGUGAUAUAAUAACUUAAGGGUUAUCGUUGAUGGAAAGAGUUCGUAAUCAUGGCCCUAAACCCGACCCUACUAGCAUUAACGCAGUGGGUAGCCUGCCGGGGACUGUAAUAGUUAAGCUUGCUACUGUGUGUAUACUGCAUGUGUACUCCAUGCGCUUGUGUCCGAUUGAGCGCAGAAAGGUAGGUUAUGCUACCCCCUCCCCCACCACUAACCACCCACC